AUGAAAAAAGAAUUAAAAGGAAAAAAAUUAAAAAGUUCUAAUAACUGUAUAAGCAAAAAUUUAAAGGAAGAAAAGAAAAAAAAAAAAAAAAAAAAAUUCGUGAAUUUUAACAAUAUAGCUGACAAAUGUUGUGAAGAAAAUAAAAAUAAAUUAAAUUAUUUGUAUUCUAAAGUAAAUCCUAAUGAAUUAAAAAUUUUAAGUAAAAAACAAAAUAUAUUAGAAGGAUAUGAUAAAAAAACAAUUAAACAUAAUUUGUAUAAAAUAAAUAAUUUUCAAAAUAACAGUUAUGUAUCAGGUGAUAAAAAUAAAAAUUGUUAUAUUUCAGAUACUGCAGAUUCUAAAAAUACUUAUGAAACAAAAAAUAAAAAUAUAAAUAAAAAUAAUAAAAAAGUCUAUGUACCUAAUUUUAAUUCUAAUUUAAAAAAUAACAAUAAAGAUAAGAAAUCAUUAAAUGAAAAUGGUAUAUCUUUUAAACAAAGUAAUUAUAAUUUGUUGAAAGACAACUAUGAUAAAAAUGAAAAUUUAAUACUAAAAAAGAAAAAUUUUAAAAAUAAAAACUUCAGUAGAAGCAGUUGUAAGAAUACUAAUUAUUUUUUAAAUUCUUCUAAUAAGUUAAAUUUAGCAUAUACACAUAAAAUAUAUAAAAAUAAUUAUAAUGUUUUCUGUAAUAAUUAUAGCAAAAAUAAUAAAAAUAAAAAUCUAAAAAAUGAAAAUACAUAUAAUUAUAGUAAGGUAAAUAAAAGCUACUAUGGGGAUACGAGUAAAUAUAAAAAUAAUAAUAGCAAUGCUGCAUAUCCAAAUAAUAAUUUAUCAAUUAAUAACAAUAAUUGUAUAGAUUCCUUUGAUAAUAGAUAUUUUGAUGAUGAAAAUAAGAAAUUUGGCAUUGAUAAUAAAUUUUAUAUUGGAAGAAAUUACAAUAGUAAUGUAUAUAAUAAUAAUGAUUAUAACGAAAACAUAUGCAAUAUUAAUAAUAAUAAUGAUAAUAAUUUUAAUAUGAAUAAUUAUCCUUAUAAAGAGAUGAAUUAUUCUUUAAAUUAUUCAAAAAAUAUACUUAAUAAUGAAAAAAAAUUAAAGGAAUUAAAAAAUGAAAAUAUUAAUAGUGAGGAAAUUUUAAAUAAUUUAGAAAUAAAGGAAAAGUUAAACAAAAUUAAAAUUGAUGAUCAGAAUUUACUUUUGAGUAAUAUGGAAUCAAAAUUAAAUAUUCUCUGUGAUAUAUUAAAAUAUAUAUUAUAUGUUAAUGAAAAUAAUUGUAUUCAUAUAAUAAAAUAUGUUGUAUACAUAUUAAAAUAUAUUAAAAAAGACUUAGAUUCAUUAGGAGAUUCUCAUAUUCAUUUUAAUAUAUUUGUUAUCACAUUAAAUUUGUAUUCAUGCUUAUGUGUAAAAGUUUUUACACAAAAUAAUACACUCAAAAUUAUCACUAUAAAAUGUCUUGUAUUAAUAUUUGAAAUAUUGAUUAAGUUGAAAAAGAAUUCCUUCAAUUUGUCUUAUGUACUUUUUUUAUACAUAAAUUAUUUAAAGAAUAAUAAAAAUGGAAUUGAUAUAUUAAAAAAAAAAAAAAGUAUCAAAAGUAAAACUGUAAAUAAUGAUGAGAAAAUAUACAUAAAAUUAUUAAAUUCCUUUUUAAAUUUAUUUUCAUAUUGUUCUGAAAGUCAAAGUAAUUUAGUUAGAAUGGAAUCUUUAAAAUCUUUUUGUUACAUUUUGAAUAUGUUAUAUGAGAACAAAAUGAAAAGAAGAAAAGAAAUUAAAAAUUCUGAUAAAUAUUUUUUGUUUAGUAAAAAUUUAAUCAUGGAUUGCUUACUUACAAAAAAGGGAAAUUUUCUAAAGGCAUUUACUAGCAGUAAAAUGAUUUUUUUACAAAAGUACAAUUUAAAUUUUUUUAAUAACUGUGGUGAUUUUUCUAGUUAUCACAAAGAAAAUAGUGAACAUGUAAAAAAAGAAAUAAAAAUGUUAAGUGAAUAUUCUAAUGUUUUUUAUUGUAACACUAAUAAAAACUAUACACAAAAAAAAAAAAAUAACAAUUCAUGUAAAUCAAAUAUUGCAACAAAUGAACAAACAUAUAAAAAUGCACCCAUUAAUUUAACGAACAAUAAUAAAAUAGAUGAAGGUCAUUUCAAUGAAAAUAUAAAAGAAAAAGAUAUUAUAUCAAAUGAAGAAACAUAUAAAACUAGUGACAAAAAUCUAGGAAAAAAGACUAAAACAAGGAGUUUAGUUUUAUUAACAAAUUUUGAAAUAGUUCUAAAUAGUGAGCCAAAUAGUGGUUGGUUAACCAAUAAAAUAGAUGAUGAAGAUGAAAAUAUUUUACUUUUUAUAUUUAAAAUUUUUGACCUUUUUAUAGAUAUCUAUCAUGAUAGAGAGAUUUACGAAAUAAUACUAAAAAGUAUUGUUUUUUUUUUAAACCAUGUUAAUGUUAAUAUUUUUAGUUAUGUAACUUAUUUGAUUAUAAAAAUUUCUAAUAUUAUACCAAUAAAUAAAAGUUUUUUUAAUAAAUAUAUUUCAGUUCUCUUAAAAAAUUUAAAUAAGGAUAGACGUAAACAUAUUUUUAUUAUGUUAUCUUAUUGCAAAUAUGAAAGAGAUGGUAUUUUUGUUCUAUUAAAUAUAUUAAGCAAUUUAUGUUUAUACAAUUUUAAUUUUAGGACAAAUAUUCAUUUGAUUAACAAUGAGUAUAAUGAAAAUAAUGUAUUAACAACCACUAUGGAAGAUGAAAAUAUUUACACAUCUUUAAAUGCAAAAGAAAAAAAUAAUAUUGAUGAAUUACAAGACAAUAAUGAUACAAACAUGAAUGAAGUUUAUGUAAUAGAUAAUGUAAUAUAUAAUAAUGAAGAAUGGUAUUAUAUACAUUCUAUAUUAAUUAUGCUGUCAUUUAAUUACUCUAGUAUAAUAUAUAAUUUUUUUUUUAAUAAAUUUCGAAAAAACUUUAUACAGAAUUGCAAUAAAUUUUUUCCUUAUUUUAAUUUAUUUGAAUGGACUUAUAAAUUUUGCUAUUUUAUUUCAAAAAAUUCCUUUGAUGAAAAUUUUGAAAAAAAAAUUAUUACCAAUCAAAAAAAUUUUAAUACUUUAGAUGAUUUUAGUGAUUUUUCCAUGAAUUUCAUAGCUAACAAUACUAGUAGUAACAAAAAUGAAAAUGAUAAAAAUAUUUAUAAAGAGGAAAUGUCAUUAGAAUUAUUAUCAUACCAAUUAUAUGCAUUUUUAGAGUAUCCUCAUUGUGUUAAAUUGAAUUUAAGUUAUAAUGAAAUUAGCUUUUGUUUUUUGUAUAUUGUUUUUUUAUUGAACUUUUUCUUUAAUAAAAAAAUUAGUUUUUUUGAAGAAAAUUGUUUUUUUUUUAAAAGAGGCAUAUGGCAAUUAAUCCAUGAGCAAGCAAAUUUAAAAACUAGUAACUUUUUGGACUAUUUAGUUAUAUUGAAAAAUUUCCAUUUUUGCUAUGUAAGUAAUAAUAAGGAUUUAGUAAUAUUAUUCGAUAAUAUAAAUCAUAUUUUCAUAGAUACUCAUAAAAAAAAAAAAAAAUACACCUAUUAUAGCAAUGAAAUAAUGGAAGAUACAAUGGAAAUAGUAACAGAAACUAAUAUUAAGAACAUAAAAAAUAAAAUAGAAGAAGUAGAUGCAAGGAUAAAUAAAUCAAAAUUAAUGGAAAAUAAUAUAUUAUGUGAAAAUGUCGAUAGUUAUAUAUUAAAUGAUAAUUUUAAUGGUAACGAAGAAAUAACAAAUACUUCAUUGAAUGAUUGUUAUAAAAGUUUGUGCAAUAAUAAUCAUUUUCAGAAUUUAGCAUCCUUCCCUGAAAAUAAUUUAAUUUUAAUGAAUAUGAAUAUAAAAAAGAAUAUGGAUGAAAAAAAAAAUAAAAUAGAAAUUGAAACAAUAAAAAAAAAAGAAUUAAAAGAAAAAAGAACAAAAGAUGAAUCAAAAGAAGAAAAAGAAAUAGAAUUAAACGAAAUAGAAAAGAAAAACAUAUAUUUUAGACAGUCAUAUAUAAAGUAUUCAGAAAAUUUGGUCGAUGCAAUCAAUGAAAAUAUAGUCAGUAAAGUUUUAUUUUUAAUUCAUUUAAGAGAGAAUGUGAGGAAUAAACAUUAUUUAUGCUAUGAGUUUUUUUUACGAAAACUAAUAAUUGAUUUAGUUUCAGUUCAACUAAUACAUAAGCAUAAUUUUUUUAAUACUUUAUAUGAAUGCUCAACAAAUCCAAUCCUAUCAGAAGACUUCUUCAUAAAUAAUUUUAAAAGGAAAACAAAACAUGUAUUUGAUUUAAAUUCAUAUAAUUUUGAAUCCUCAGAUUUGAAUAAUGAAGAAAAAAACUUCUGUGAUAUAGUUGAUUUAUCUGACAUUAGUUAUUUUAGUAAAAGUAAUGAUAUUAAAACAUCAAAAAAUGAUAAUGAAAAUAAUGGCAUAAAUAAAAAUAAUAAGAAAAAUAAAAUGAACAGCAAAAGCUAUAUAAGUUUAAACGAAAUAGGCAACCUAAAUAAUGAAAUAGGAAAUGUUAUAUUUGAAGGCAAUCAAGGAAAAGUCAACAAAAAAAAUACGAAUAGUGAGUUAAUAGAUGAAAAUAAAAAUAACAUAAAUUGUAUGCAAAGUAUAUAUAGAAGAUGCAAAGAUGAAAUUUUUUUUAAAGAAAAUGCGAAUUUAAAAUUUUUGAAAUAUAAAAUAAAAAUAAUGAAUGACAAAGAGAAAAUAAAAACGAUUAGGAAAAAAUUAGACUUAAAAAAUAAAUUUCAGGAAUAUUUUUACCAUAAAAAACUAAUUAAUAUAAAUCAUAAAAUAAAUAAAAAUCUUAUUAAAAUUUUUUACUUAUUCAAUAAUAAUUAUUUUCAUUCGUUAAAUAUAUCAUAUAUAUUUAACUAUAUCUUAAACAAAAUUUAUGAUGAAAAUAACUUUUUAUAUAAUGUUUUAUUAAAUCAUUUUGAUAAUUUUUCAAUUUAUGAAAGUGAAUUGUAUAAUUUGAAGAAUAAAGAAAUUAAUUUAUUUAAUGAUUUACUGAACAACUUAAAAAAAAUAAAUCAUGUUGAAAUUUUAAAAGAAAGAGGAUAUUUAAAACAUGUAUUAGUUGGAUUAUAUCGGAUUUUUAAAGAAAAAAGUAUAGAUAAUGAUUUAUAUUCAGUGAACGUUGUAAUAAAUAAUAUAUUAAAAAAAAUUAUAAAUCACAUAGAAAAUGACGACUUUAUAAAUUAUAAGAACUGUAUUAAGUUUCCAUUUUUGUUGUUAUCCUUUUUUGAUGUAAAAGUAAAAUUAAUUUUUGAAAUAGAAUCAUAUCAAUCAUACGAAUUUGAAAAAGAUUUUAAAAAAAUUCUACAUUUUUUGCCUUAUUAUAUAAAUGAUUUUUUUAGUAGUUUGUAUUUAUGUAUUGAAUAUGAAGAACUGUUCAUUAUAAAUAAUACAGAAAAAAAAAAAAAUUUAAAUCAACGAAAUAAUAAUGAAAUAAAUAUCAAGGAAAUGCUAUAUUCAAAUGAUGAUAAUAAUUUACUAACUUAUAAUUUCAUGGUUGAAAAUAUAUUAUCAGAAGAUUAUUCAUUGAAACAUUUAAAAAGUUUAAAUAAAAAUAAUAAAAAAGAUACCAAGAAUUCCUUAUUUGCAAAAAGAAAAAAGUUGAAAGUUAUGAAUCAAAGUAUGAUCAAUGAUUCAGACUUUAAUUUAGAUGAAAGGUAUUUAAGAAAAAAUUGUAUUGAAAAAAAAAAAGAAGAAACAAAAAUUUGUAAGAAAAUAAAUAAGUCUAAUUAUCAUAAAAUAGAUAUUAGAGAAUGGAAUGUAAAGAGAUGUACACUAAAUAAUAUAAAGAAUAAUUUUUCAAAUCAUUACAGAAAUAUUAUACAUAUUGAAUUUAAAAAAAAUAUCGAAGUCAAUUUUGAUUACUAUUCUACAUUACCUAUUAAAUGUAAAGUUAAUUUUUGUUAUCACAAUUUUAAAAAUAACUUAUUUUAUACAUUUCCGUUAGCACAAACUAAGAACAUAUAUAUCCAUCCUUUGCCAACAAUAAUAAAAGAAUAG